AUGGACAACAAGACUCCCGUUACUUUGGCCAAGGUUAUUAAGGUUCUCGGCAGAACCGGCUCCAGAGGUGGUGUUACCCAAGUCAGAGUUGAAUUCCUCAACGACACCAACAGAACCAUCGUGAGAAACGUCAAGGGCCCCGUCAGAGAAAACGACAUCUUGUGCUUGAUGGAAUCGGAAAGAGAAGCCAGAAGACUCCGUUAA